GUUAUCCGUGCGCCGCUGCCAGUCACCUGUGCGCGCGGAGGAUGGAGCCGGGGGUGACGGGCGCGGCAGCGGCCGUUACCAAACCGUUCACACCUCAGGAGGCCAGAGACGCGAUCCUCGGUGCGGCCCGUCCGGCGGUGUUCCUUCGUAUGACUGACGGCUGGCGGGCAGCUCGCUGGACCCUCACCCGACUGUGUGACCUCUUAAAGGAGCAGACGCUGAGAUUCAGAAUUGGGAGGAGGAAAGUGGACACAGAGCCGCAGUUUGAGACCCGCUGUGACUACGUGGAUGGGACCAUGAGACAAUUCCGGGACUGGCUCAGCGGGAAUUCUGCGGAAGCGUCCGGACCCUUCAGCCGCUUUGACAGAGCCGAGUCCUGGGCCUAUGCAGAUUACAAGUACCUGGCCCUUUUAUGUAAGGACCAACCUGAAAUGCUGCAGGAGGUCUCCUGGGCUGAUUUCGGGUUCCCGGGAAGAGGCGGCCGGGACAGCACGCUGUGGGUUGGAAGUCGUGGGGCGAACACCCCGUGUCACAUCGAUUCGUACGGCUGCAACCUGGUGCUACAAGUGCAGGGCAGGAAGACAUGGCGACUCUUUCCCCCCGAAGACACAGCGUACCUGUACCCCACCCGCAUCCCGUACGAGGAGUCCAGCGUCUUCAGUAAGGUGAAUGUGGUGGAUCCUGACCAUCGGCGUCAUCCUGCAUUUUCGAGGGCUCGUCCACAUGUGGUCACCUUACACCCAGGCCAGGUGCUUGUUGUCCCGCGGCGCUGGUGGCAUUACGUGGAAUCUGUGGAUGACGUCACCAUUAGCAUCAACUCCUGGAUCGAGCUGGACUCCGACCACGAGGCUCGGGUGGAGGAGGCUAUAACCAGGAUGGUGGUCUGCGCCUUUAAAUCUGCAGAGGACGCAGGGGAUUGGCUGAACCCCACUGAGGACGAAGCGACGAGUCAUGAAACAAACCUGCAGUAUUUAAACAUGGCGGUGGGUGCCGUUAUGGAGCACAAGACGGAAGACCACGCCGGUGACCAGGACCAGCCAGUGAUGAAGAGCAGGAGAAAGGAGGAGACAAACCGGGAGACCGAGGACCAUGGCGGGGACCACCCUGCCGUCAGUCCAUUCCUAGUCCCUGUUUUACCUUCAUUAACCAAUGAGGACUCUGGAAGGAAAGAAACGCAACGACCCGGUGACACUGGCGCCAUAACGAGCGACGAGCUGCUGGACUGUCUGCUGCACCCGCAGGUGGUCACCAUGGUUGCUCAGCUCUUGGUGAACAGGAGGUUAGGAAAGAGUUAACCCUAAAGCCUGCUGGUUAUAACGGUGCGGAGGAGCGGCCGCUGUCGGUCACACCGCCGCCUGCAGCGGCUGAUAACGGAGAGCAGUAGGAGGAAGCUGCAGGUUCACUGUCCUGGUAACAGGGGACAAUAAAUCACAUUCAAAGGCGACAUUAGCGAAGGGUCACGCCGCUACGGCCGGGUGACGGGGUGCUUGCGGCUGCAGCAGAUCUGUGCAGAUAUCGGACCGGUUCACGUCUUCCUUGCUGUAAU